AUGUUGUUUAUAUAUUUAUUGUUAUGUUGCGUUUUGACUGGAGUUAGCGGCCAAUUACCGGUCGAUUAUGGAAAAUAUGUUGAGUGGGGUAAGUUUUCUAAUUGGGUUGAAUUUUGAGUAGAACAUCGCAGGGGACUACGGGUAGGAAAACGGAAAUAUAUUAUGUUACCUUACAGAACGCCGAACCCUAUACUGUGACUCAACCCACGACCAAAUCAACUCAGGUUUAUGCUGGCUAACCGUCGGUAAAGAUGGUCAACCAAAACCGGCCAAAUGUAACAGAGAGUUGGCAAAACUUCAGAACAAUCAAGAGGAAGUUCGUUUCGUUUGUGACAUUGAAUGUGACGGUGCUGAUCGAGAUUCUGUGGUCUCUAAGUACCCCAACUCUAAUCGACAUUGUGUACGAUGGUGGUCUUACAACACCCAAAAGAUUGAGGAUGGCUAUGGUAAGGGGAAAUGGUACAUUUGGAGGAAUGGACUUUGUGCUAUGGACAGAAUCUCUUUGGAGGUUCAUUGUGGGUUCCCGACAACUUCGUAG